GCUGAUGAGGUAAACAACUGCACAUCCAAUGAGUGCCAAUUUGAGUGCAGCUCUGAAAUUGAGGUGACUGUCUAAUAACUAAGAAAGAAAAAAAUAGAAACGGUUAAGUAAAAGUAAGUGUUAUCAGUUAAACUGAAGUAAGCUGUACAGCCGCUGCAAGUCAUUGUUACAUUUAGCCUCACUAUCACCUUUCUCUGCUCUUUCAACUGAUUAGUGCAAUUAAGGCAGUUGCUAGCGGUGCGAAAAAUGUCUUCAACAGUAAACUUAUCUGCACUACGCGAAAAAUAUCGUGAAAAGAAAGAGGUUUUCCUCGAAGAAAAUAUUAAAGUGAAGGAGCCUAUCAAAUUAUUUCGGGAAUGGUUGGAAGAAGCGCUGCAUACAGAGGAACUCUUGGAACCUAAUGCCGCCUGUCUGGCCACAGUGAAUAAAGAUGGAAAACCCUCAAAUCGAUUUGUGUUGCUCAAAGAGGUUACCGACGACGGGUUUCGCUUCUUCACUAACUACGGCAGCCACAAAGCGCAAGACAUUGCCUGCAAUCCAAAUGUAGCUAUGACUAUUUAUUGGCUACCUCUUCGUCGCCAAAUACGCAUCGAGGGUGUAGCAGAGAAAAUAUCUAAAGCAGAUUCGUUGGCGUAUUUUCAUCAACGUCCGCGUGCCUCACAAAUCGGUGCUUUGGCGAGCGAGCAGAGUUCACGUAUACCGGCACGUCAGCAUUUAGAUGAAAUUGAACGGGAAAUUAAAGCAAAACUGGGCCCAGAUGGUGAGGUGCCAUUACCCAAUUGGGGUGGCUAUCUCAUACGACCGGAAACAAUUGAAUUUUGGCAGGGGCAAACCGAUCGACUGCAUGAUCGCAUACAAUUUCGACGAGGCCCAGAAGUGGAAAAGGAAGUCGACGAGAAGCUGGUUCAUAAAGGUGAAAAUGGUUGGGUCUAUGAGCGAUUGGCGCCAUAAGUCUGCUUAGCAAAAGCCCAACCGCAUGCUCGGAAAGUUUACCAAAGGCUACGGCAGAAAGUUUUAUUUUUAUUUUUUUAUUAUAUUUCAACUAAUUUCGAGAAUAUAAUAAAUUUUGGUUUCAUUGGUUUUUUUAUAAUUCUAUGUAUAUCUUAUAUUUAGUAAAAAAUAUGUGUAUGUAGUUAAAUAUUUCUUGGAUUACAUAUCUACGUACAUAUAAUAUAUAUG